CGAAAAAGAAAAACUCACCACCGUCACCAUGGAUGCACAGAUCGAGCUCGCUCACAUACUCUGCAGUCUGCACUUCUCUUCUUCUCCUCCUUCUCUCGGUCUCUCAUGGCGCCCCCGUUUCGUGGACGCCCUUCGUCUCCCCCCUCCCCGUCUCUCUGAUUCGAUCCCGUUCCCCGCGCCUCGAGGAGGCCGCUGCUCGUUCGAGCUAAGGAGACCAUGAUUCUCACCCACCUCGCGGCGGAGGAAGAGCUCAGGUCAUUGAAGCAAUGGCUCCUUGUUAUUUUGGUGAUCGGUCAAGCAGUGACACUGUUGUGAGGUUGCGGACUAGUGAUGGCCGAGACGAUUGGUUGUACUGUCAUUCUCACAUCCUUAUAGAGAAGAGCAACUAUUUUGCAGAUCGUCUCUCUGAGAAAUGGCCAACGUGUCAGAUCCUUGAUUCCCGCAACUGCGUUGAGGUAUACUGUCAAGAAUCAGAUUUUGACUCCCAUGUCAAUGUUCUACGCCUAUUUUAUGUUAAAGAAAACUCAACAGAUGAAAUUUGGCAUGGGGUUAGGAAUGCACUUGGCAUUCUUCGUGUGGCCGUGGAGCUUGAAUGCCCACAGAUCGUCAGUGCUUGUGUAAACUACUUGGAAGCAGUCCCAUGGGAAGAGACUGAGGAGGAGGAGAUUCUUAAAACCAUACCAAGCAUGGGAUCGCAAGUAUUGCCAAUUCUCUCCCGCCUUGAACCUGUCAAUCCAUUAGCUAUUAUGAGGAUUUUUCAGUCAGCUAUUCAACUAGCCACAUCAUCACCUCCUCCAGAUAUGAACGAUCUUAAAACAUCAGCUCAAGAGCAACUCGAGUACAUGCUUACUGAAGACGAUGAUGAACCUCUACUAAAAGCUGAUGAUGAGAUAAGAUCCGAGGUAAAACAGUGCAUGAGUAGACUCGUUGCGAGAUUUAACAGUCUGCUAGAGUCUUUGUUUUGUGAGUCAUCGGAACUGGCCUCUGAGGCACUGCAUGUACUUCAAUUUUAUUUAUCUGAUUUAUCAUGGGCCUGUCAGAUAUUGACAAAGUUAGAGAUAAUGAGGGAUUUGGUUAUCUGUUGGAUGGAUGCAUCAGAUAAAGUUGUGAAGAUAGUUCAUCCGUCAAAUCCAGAACCAAAUGGUGAAACGAUCAAGACAACACUGAAGACUGUUGAAGUUGCGGCAAAGGUUUUAGAGUCAAUCGCGUAUGGAAAUGUCAUUUUGCCAGCAUCAAAGAGGCUGCAUGCAGUCAAGGUCUGGCUUCCGUUUGUAAGAGUUGCCAAACCUGCCAUAGAUUCCGCUGUGUCCAGUGGUGACGAUGCUGUGGAACUUAAAGUGGAUGGUGAGCUGUGGCAAUCAUUGGAAUCGACCUUCGUUUCGUUGGUGCUUACAUUGCCAUCAGGUGAUCAAGCAGAUAUCUUGACUGAAUGGUUUGGAAACAACUAUAUUCGGUAUCCUGAUCUAACUGAGGCAUUUGAUGUAUGGUGUUACCGGUCCAAGGUUGCAAAGAGAAGAUUAGCCAUUUUGGACGGGAACAAUGGCGGAUCUAGCACGCCUUAACCUUCUAAUAUCCACUUUACUGAUUUUUUGACCGGCUGGUUGCGGAUAACCCUGAUUGUCAUGGAGUUGUCAGUUCUUGCAUGUCCAAAAUCGGCUUUUGCUUGUAAAUUGUUGUUCUACGGUGUGGUUGUAGUGAGAACUAACUGUACAGUUGAUUGGCAAAUGGUUUGGCUCAUUUUGUCA